AUGCUGAUGUCAGAUCGAUACCAAGUAAACUAUCUUAAGACUCAAUAUGAGGAGUUGGUGACGAAGCUGACUCCAGAAAAAUCUCUCAUGGCGUAUGACUUUGCCCACCAGCACAAGGCAAAACACUUGUUUGGUGCUGCACUUUCGCGGAUCACAGAAAAUAUGGAAGAAAUUAUUAAAAGUGCCGGAUACAUGGAGCUGGUGAAUAAGGAUCCCAGUCUUGUGGUUGAAAUUUAUGAAGCUUAUAUGUCGAAACAACAAAAUUCUGGUGCAGGAGAGUCAAUGGAUUCGAUUAGACCAGAAGAAGUAACCUGGAUUAUUGAAUGGGGGUUUAGUGGUGGUGAUCAAUUCUUUCAACUCUCCCCAAGAGUGCCUUGA